AUGAAGCCGUUAAAAGUUCUGAACGUGUUCGCCAGAAGUCGAACGCCUCCGUUAGAUGAAGGAGAUCCAAUAUCCAUCCCUUCAAAGGACGAGAAAGGCAACAAUCAUGAUCCACUGCCAGAUCCAGACGUGGGAUUAAACGUUGAGGAAAGGGCACAAUUGGACAAGAAACUUGUUCGAAAACUCGACUGGAAAUUAAUCCCAUGGCUUUCUUUAUUAUAUCUCAUCUCCUUCCUGGACAGAGCGAACAUCGGCAACGCCCGGAUAUAUGGCCUGGAGGAAGACCUGGGGAUGUCUGAUACCCAAUACAGCAUCGCCCUGACCGUCUUCUUCAUCAGCUAUUCCGUGUUCGAGCCGGCCACGAACGUCAUGCUCAAGCAAUUCCGUCCCCGAAUCUUCAUCCCGGCGAUCAUGGUCGUCUGGGCCAUCAUCAUGACGUGCAUGGGGCUGGUCCAGAACUACGGUGGCCUGCUCGCCGCGCGGUUCCUGCUUGGAAUGGCGGAGGCGGGCUUGUUUCCGGGGGUCAACUAUUACCUAUCCUGCUGGUACAAACGAUCCGAGUUCGGCGUUCGCGCGGCGAUCUUCUUCUCCGCGGCCGCGUUUGCGGGUUCAUUCGGGGGAUUGCUGGCCGCCGCAAUCGCACAGAUGGAUGGCGUGGGAGGGAAGCCGGGGUGGGCGUGGAUUUUCAUCCUCGAGGGUCUUGCAUCGAUUUGUUUUGGGAUCGCAUCCUACUGGAUGGUUCAAGAUUUCCCAAGCGACGCCACGUUUCUCGACGAGAAAGAGAAGCUACGGGUCCUCCGCCGACUGAGAGCAGAUAAGCAAGCCAGCUCAAAGCAUGAGAAGUACCACAACACUUUCGCGAAGCAGGCGCUGUCGGAUUGGAAAACCUACCUGUUCAUGAUCAUCUACGGCGGCAGCGCGGGCAGCCUCUAUGCAUAUUCGCUCUUCCUGCCCACGAUCAUCAAAGAGAUGGGCUACACGUCCACGAAAGCGAACUUGCUGUCCGUCCCACCGUACGCAGCGGCGGCCGUCCUGACCAUCCUGGUGGGCUGGCACGCCGACAAGACGAACAAGCGAGCCCGUGCCAACACCGCCAUCCCCCUCCUUGCCGUCAUCGGGUUUGCCAUGCUUCUUGGCUCCGAUAACGCCGGCGUCAAGUACACGGGGACGUAUUUGGCGGCGCUGGGCAUCUAUCCCACCAUCUCGAACACGAUCACGUGGGCAAGCAACAAUGUCGAGGGAGUUUUCAAACGUGGCAUCGUCCUAGGCAUGGUAAUCGGUUGGGGGAAUUUGAACGGAAUCGUGGCGAGCAACAUCUACAAAGCGCAGGAUGGGCCGCGCUUUAUCGUCGGCCAUUCGGUCGUCCUAGCCUACAUCGUCGUGUUCCUCUUUGGUGGCAGUGUUGUCACGGCUGUUUCUCUCACCACUGAAAACAAGAAACGACGGAAUGGGCAGAGGGACCAUUGGGUGGAGGGUAAGAGCCCGGAUGAAGUAGAGCAGCGUGGAGAUAAGAGACCGGAUUUCAUUUAUGUUGUGUAA